UCGGGACCGUCCCGUCCGGAAGGACCCGAACCCAACCCAAAAAAAGUCCCGAACUCCUCCGGAACAAGCCGAACCCACUCGGCCCCCGGGAUGCCCCCUCCGUGCCGCCCCCCGUCCCUUCUCCGCUGCAUCCAAGCCCUCAGCGCCCUGCUGGCCCUGGCCCUGGCAGCAGCUCCUGGCUACUGGCACCCCGGCGAGGGCGACGGCUGCUUGUCCGCCUGGGCUUUAUCCUUCGUCUUCACCCUCCUCCUCCUCCUCAACGACGCCUUCCGCCGCCCGCCGCCCCGCCGCGACCUCCCGCUGGUCCUGGCCACCGCCGCCGCCAUGGCUUGCGCCACCGCCACCGUCCUGUGGCCACUGGGCCACCUCCGAGGGAACGAGGGUGGCCACGGCCGCCCCCGCGCCCUCCGCGCCGCCGCCACCGCCGCCUCGGCCAUCGCCACCUUGGCCUACGCCGCCGAGGUCACCCGCGACCGGGCGCGACCCGGCGAGGCCGCCCCGUACCUGGCCACCCCCUCGGGGCUGCUCAAGGUGGUCGAAGCUUUCCUGGCUCUUCUCCUCCUCGGUUUAUCGGCCGAGCUGGGCGCGGCGUCCGGCCCGGCGGCGUUGCGUUGGUGUCUGGGCAUUUUCUGCGUGUCCUUCGUGCUGGGGGUGCUGCUGGUCGGGGGUUGCCUGCUGGGAUGGGGGUGGUGCGGGUGGAUGCGCGACCCCGAGGGGCUGCGCUGGGGGUUGGGGGUCUAUGCGGGGUUAGGGGUGGUGGCCUACGGGGCGGCCACGGUGCUGUGGGCGCUGUACAGCUUCUCGGACGACAUGGGGGGCCGCUCGCGGAGACCCUACGGCUGCUCGGCCACGUGUCCCUGGGACAGGGAGGUGCUGGUGGCCGUGCUCAGCGGGCUCAACCUGGUGGCGUUCGGGGUGGAUUUGGGGCAGACGGGCAGGUUGGUGCUGCUCAGGGCCUGAGGGGGCG